CUUUGCCGCGACGCCGUGCGCAGUGCUCGUUUUCACUUCCAAUGCUUCCAAAGGUGCAGUUUGGGAAAUAAUUGAGAGGAAUUGUCAGCAACCUGAGACAGCAAACCGCGUUCAUUCAUAUGGGAAUGAGCUUGUGAGAGUGUCGAAUCAGCAGUAAUGGCAUCAGGAGGAGAAACCAGCGCUCCUGCAGAGGACGAGGGGGGCGUCCCACUGGACAUUGAUGAUGUACACUUACUCUUACAAGUGGAACAGGAGCAGAUUCAAAAGAGGACGUUCACAAACUGGAUCAAUGCACAGCUCUCCAAGAGGAGCCAUCCAACUGUUGUCCAGGAUCUGUUCUCAGACCUUCGAGAUGGGACUCGACUGCUUGACCUACUGGAGGUGAUGAGUGACCAGCGCAUGAAGCGCGAGCGGGGUCAUGGUGUGUUUCAGCAGAGAGGCAACAUCGAGACCGCUUUGAACUUCUUGAAGAAUAAAUCAAUCAAGCUGGUGAACAUAAACAUCCCAGACAUCAUAGAGGGGAAACCUUCCAUCAUUCUGGGCCUGAUAUGGACCAUCAUUCUGCACUGUCAUAUAGAGGAGCUAGCCAGCACUCUCUCUUUCGGAUCCCGUUCAUCCUCCCUGGACUCUCUGUCCAGUCUGGAUUCUGUUCCUGGAUCUCCAGGCAGUAGUCCUGUUCCUCGAGGAGCAUCACCGCUCCACAUGCGUUUCCGUCUGUCUGCUAAGAAGGCUUUGCUCCUGUGGGUUCGGGACCAGUGCAAGAAAGUUGGUUGCUCAGCCAGCGUGAGGGACUUUAAGUCCAGCUGGAGGAGUGGUGAGGUGUUUCUGGCCAUUCUCUGCUCCCUUAGACCUGAUCUGGUGGACCUCUCUCAAGCACUGACCAGCAGCCACCGGGAAAACCUGGAGAGGGCGUUUCACGUCGCUGAGAAGGAGCUCGGAAUUCCCAGAUUGCUCGAGGCGGAAGACGUGGAUGUCAGUAACCCUGAUGAGAAGUCUAUCAUGACAUACAUUGCUCAGUUCCUGCAGUACUCCAAUGAUCUGCCCGUAGCCGAUGACGAUUUUGAGCUUCAAACUCUGCUCUUUCCCACAUGCCUUUCUCCUGUCAACCUCCCUACAUACUUCACUCCUGCUGUGCUGGCCUCACCAAUCCACCAGGCUUCACCCAGUCAGAAAGCCAGAGAGAUGAAAUGCUGGCUAGAUCGAGCCUAUCAGGAGUUACUGGAGGCAUGGAAUUCCACAGAGGGGAAGGGAUAUGCAGACAGGUAUCAGGCAUUUCAGAACUUUGUGAGGACUUAUUAUGACCAGCGACGUCCAGCUAUUCCACUUCUCAGUGCAAUGAGACGCUGCGCUAAACCAAGUGAGGAGCAGAUGGCACUGAGAAAAGCCUGGGACACCAUGGAGGAGAGGUUACAAGAGUAUAGAACAGAGCUUGAUGUUGGUUUGCCAGCCCCUCUGAACACACUGGGCCGGUGGCUCCAGCAUAUGGAGGCUGUGCUGUCUGAGGACAGCGGGAGCGCUGAAGAUCAUGCACUUGCUGCCAGAGACGCCAGACACAAGCAAGAACAGCUGAAGGUCUUGGUUGAGGAUUUAAGCCAACACUUGAACACCCUUCAUCACUAUCAUAACACAGAUGAUGAAGUGCCAGUCGAGAAGCUGGAGGAGAUCAAGAGACGUUUCACCAGUGCCAGAGUGACAGCCAAGUACCACGGCAUAAAGCUACAAUACAGAGAGCAGAUGCACCAUGUUUAUGACCUGCUGGGACAUCUGAAGUCUAAGCUGAGCUUGUGGAGAGGGCCUUACGGCUCUCAGGAGUCUGUGCACUCUCUGCUUCAGGAUUGGCAUGACACUGUUGACAAGCAAGGUCAGGUGUGGAUGUUGAAGGAAGCACUUCAUAAGCUGAAGGACACAGCAGCCAUCUAUACCAACAAAGCAGCUCUGGCAGACGACUCACCUGUGGUUAACAGGCAGGUAAAAGAGGCAGAUAGUGAGACGGGAGUCAGUACAGAAGCUGCAGAAUCAGUAAGAUCCACCAUGGAGCGUGUGCUGGCUGCAUGGGAGUCCUACAAAAACUGCCUGUAUCUAUUACAGGUCUGGCUGGGGCAGGAGAAACUAGCAGAGGCUCAAGAGCACAAGCAUUUUUCCUCCAGCCUGAAUGAAUGGAGAUCACGUCAAGCCCAGCUGAACGAGGUGGGAAACUUUCUCAUUGAGAUGAGUGACGCCUCCACCAGCCACUCUCUGACUGAAGAGCUCCGCAAACUGAAUAUGCAGUGGGCUGAUUUCAUAAAAAGGACCAAGUUUGCAGUGGCCCCUCAGCCCAUCUCUGCAGUCCCAGGUGUCCAAGCUUCCCUGAUGCAGGAAGCCAACUGGGUGCUUAGAGAGACAGUUGAGGUGUUAUCUGGACCUCUACGUAUUUACAGAAAGAAACUCCAGGGCAUAACUAAGAAGAUGUCUGAGUUCAAUCUGAACACUUUGUCUCCAUCUCCAGACUGCAAAGAGGAAACUCUUCAGAAACUCAGACAAACUCUUCCGGAGAUGCUUGAGACUUUGACCCGGGUGGAUCAGGUGUGUGAGAAACUCCAGAAAGUGGCAUCUCUGCUCGAGGGCAGGCUGGCUGAGCUUGAAAACUGGAGCACAGAAGCUCAAGAGGUCUGCCACCACCUUAAAGAAAGACAGCAUAGGGGCCACCGGGGGCCACAUCCCAGGACUAAUGCACUGAUCUCCAGAGGUCUGCAGUUGGAAGGACAGGUGGUGACAGAAGGUGAGGACUUGCAGGUGCUUGUGACAUCGGUGCAAAAGAACUCCUCCCUUCCUUACCUCAGCACAUCGGCAAUACAAGACCGACUGAAACGAACUGUCUCGCACUGUCAGGAGGUUACUGAGAUGCUCAGUAAUUCUCAUGGAGUGAAGCGUGAAGGACAGCCUGUAGGUGCGCAGCCUGCUUCCAAGGUUUUUGUGCAGGCACAUUCUCAGCCUGAAUCCCAAACUGAAGUCAUUCAACACCAUCAGGAUCAGAUGUUCUUCCAAAGCGGCAAAUUUUCUCUAGAGAGCCCAGUAGAACCUCAAAACCAAGAACUCCAUUCUUCUCAGCUGCAGUCACAAUUGGAAACCACCAGUGGCAUACAGCACCAGUUUCUUCCCCAGGUUCAUGAAAAAUCUCCAAAAGCUCAAAAAAGCAAAACUAUAUGCCAAGUACAGCAUGCAGAGCUCAAACAGCCUUUGCUGUCAUCUGUUGUUAGCAGGAAGGUUCAGUUGAAACCCCAAACUGACGUUCAACUGAUCUCUGUAGACUCAAGCCUAACCAAUCGCUUUGGACCAUCAAACCUUCAAGCUGCCUUGGUAAGCGCAAGCCAAAACAGUGGCUUUGGUCAUGUACAGGUUAUCUCUGUUGACCCAAACCAAUCCAGUGACUUUGGACCAUCAGAGCUACAUGUCGUCUCUGCAAACUCAAGCCAAACCAGUGGAUUUAGACCAUUAGACUCUCUCCAAGUUAUGUCUGUAGACUCAGGCGAAAUCAGGGGCUUUGGACCAACAGACCUUCAGGUUAUCUCUAUAGAUUCAAGCCAAAGCAGUGGCAUUGAACAAUCAAACCCUCUGCGGUCUCUAUCUUCAACUGCAUCCAGCCCAAGCAAGUUGCUUACAUCGGUUACCAUGACUCAUCUGAGGAUGCCAGUUGAGCAGCAUCUUGAUUCCCCACCAAAUUGGCAACCACAAACCUCCUUGGUGACCCCACACCAAAGACAAAUGAUUCUGGGCAAAAGUCACAGUUUUCCAAAGCCCCAUGAGCCAUCACAAACUCUGCCUGUUACCUCACUUGCAUCCUGCCCAAGAACUUUGCAUACACCAGUAACAGUGACUCAACAAAGGACGCCAAUCAAACAGAACCUUGGUUCUCUGGAACCUCAGACCUCUGUGAUGACCCAACACCAAAGACAAAGGGUUUUAUCCAAAAGUCACAGCUUUCCACAGCCAUCAGAGGCUCCAGGUGUUCCCCAUGUCCCAGUACAGAAUGAGGUGUAUUCCAGAGCUCAGGCUUUGGCCAGGAGCAGACUGGAUAAAGCAAAACAGCACCUGCAUGAACACAUACAGGAUGUCAUCAAAGGGAUCAGUACCAGAGACAAAUCUAAAAAACAAGCCAAGAAAAAACAGGCAGUGUCACGUCUUCUCAGGCCUUCAGUGUUGGAGGUGUUUCUAGAAGCUGUGAAGGGAAUGGGUGAUUUCUGCUCCGAUGCCCAGCUCAGAGACAUGGACCUCCUCUCUCAGUCAGUCAGAGCCCAGUGGGAGGUAUGUGCCACAGCAGCUGAGCGUUCAGUGCAUCUUGAAGCCUUGAGAAGAAUUACAGAGCGUCUGCAGCCCACAGAGAGUGUUCUUCUCAGCACCACCCAUCUGAGAACAGACACAAAGGUGGAGAACGUUCAACGCCACACAGACUCCACAAGUGACUUGGCACCAUGCCAGGAUGGCAGGGGGGGAGCAGUCAAGGAUUGUGUCCUGCUGAGAAAGACUGUACUGGUGGAUGACCUGAGCCGCGUCCACUCACAGGCUGUUGUCCAGACCAACAUCGUGGAGAUAAAACAGAUACCAGAGAGGACCGUCAUCCAUCCCUGUUCAGCACAGGAAGAGGUUACAGCACAGGAAACUCAGAGCAGCUACAGUGCUGCACAGUCAGUCCUCCAGCAGCAACUGCUUAACAACAGUCAGCAGCUGGAAUCAGAGUUUCCCAUCAGCCCCGGCAGCAAUGCCAGUAUCUCUGCUGACUCACUGAGGAAUCAACUCCAGCACGUACUGGCUCUUAAGGACCGGACGGAGGCUCUGUGGCGUGAGUUUGAGCUUCAUUGUUACCAGAGCUCUCAGCACAUGGAAGAUGGCUGUAACAUGGAGCAGGAGAGAGCUCGGCUUAUUCAACAGUGGAGGGAACAACAAAUGUGCAUUCAGGCCAGGGUGAAGUCCCUUGAAACUGUGGUAGAGCUGCUGGACUCAGCGGACAUUCAGAUUGGACUGAUUUCUGAUCAGAUCAAACAGAUCAGUCAGAAACCUCUGAAUAUUAGAAACUUUGCCAUUGCUGAUCCCAAAAAUCUACAUGAAGAACUAAAGCGUCUAGAUGAAAGUAUCCAGAGAGAGCUGUUUCUGCUUAAUAAGAGUGGUGGUUCAGUUAGUGACGCUGCUGAUCUGAGUCACAUUGAGCUCCAAGCUCAUUUUCCCCUGCAGCAAACUCUCCACGACCGCACAAAAUGCUUGGACCAGCAAAGACUAUGUCUGAGAAAGAGUGAAUCGGCCCUGAUGGGCCUCGUGAGCCUCCUAUCACAUCUCCAGCAGGUGAAUGCCGACCUCAAUGCAGCUCACAGCACAUCAAAUUGCAGUUUAGUCUCCAUCCGGCAAAGCCUUCAGCAGGCCAGGGAAGAAUCGGUUCAGCUAGACCGAAUUCUGGAUGAUGCUGGCAUGAGAAUAACUCUGGAUGACAAACCAGGCAGCUGUCAUGAGAUGGUGUCGGCUCUGGCCCUGCGAGCCGAAGAGGUCCAGACCAGACUGGCUGUAGGGCUGAAGCAAACUGACAGAGGAGGGAAAGGAAGAGCGGAGGGAGAACAGAGGGACCGAGCGUUCGGUAGGAAGAGGAUGGGCCUGCAGGUCGCUCUGAGGGAGGUGCUGGCGGCACUCGAAAAACAUGGGCUGAAGGAACCCACACUUCCUGCACUACAGCACAGGUUACGCUUCCUGACAGACAUGGAGAGCAAACUGGUUGCACUACAAUCAGAGAUUCAGGAUCUGAGAAAUACUUGUGCACAGACAAGCACCUCAGAGACAGCCAUCAGCGAGCUGCAGACGCAAUGGGAAAACGCACACAGAGCAGUCACAGAGAGUCGUGAACAGUGUGUCUCUCUGAGCGAACUACUGAAGAAGUUCCAGAGCUGCCGAAAUCGCUUGGGCAGCACUUUGCAGAAAGCAGAGCAGACUAUUUGUGAUCAGGCCUCCUAUAUGGGCAAAGACAACCUGCAGCUCCUGAUCAGUAAGGUGACCAGUAUAAAGUCAGAUCUCAGUGGUCUUGGGGAUGGGGUGGAGGAGUUCAGAGCUGUGUGUCGACAGCUGCAGUCUCUGAUGAGAAGGAUCCCAGACUGUGCAGACGCUCCAUUUGAGAGUGAAGCUGACACCCUCAUGGACCGCUGGCUUGAUGUCACCGAGAAGACAGACUGUCAUCUGGACAACCUUCAAGCUGGCUUUUCUCUUUGGGAAAAACUCCUACUGUUGGCUGGAGAGGUGGAGGGCUGGAGCGCCCAAAAGCUGAUGACACUUGCUGAGUCACACCCCUUUCAGACAGAGCAGGAUGUGUCUGCCAUGCAGGAUGAACUCAGGAUUCAAGAGGAGAACAUUGAACAUUUCCAUCGCAGAUCUUCAGAGAUCCAGGAGCUGCUGCAGAGUCGCGAGUUCCCACUGGAGCUGCAGGUGAUUGAGAGCCAGCUGAGGAAGAAGAUGGCAGAGGUGAAGGAGCUCUUUUCUGAGACCAGUGAUGUUUUUGGACAGCUGGAAGCUGCCAAGGGGAAGGUGGCAUCUGAUAUCGCAGAUCACCUGUCCUCCAUUCAGACUAUCACAAAUGCACUGACCUCACUGUCCACAUCUAAGAGCCCACUGGUCCUCAAAACAAUCCAGGGCUUAUCGGAGCAGUUGCAAGCGGAGGCAGAGCAGGCAGGUGCAUUACUGCAGCAGAUAAAUCUUCUGGCCAGCAUUGCAGGUCUAGAAAACCUGCAGAUGCUGGCUGAAGAUGGAGCUCACCUUCAAGAAAGCAUCUGCAUGGCCAGAGAGCUGGUCAUAGAGAAGAGAGAGCAAACAAUGAACCCCAACAGAUCUGACGAUCAAAUGGUCCAAGACCCUAAGCACAUCAAGCCCUUGAUUGAAAAAUCAGAAGAUACUGUGCCAGAGAUACAGUCUGAAUCUAAUGGUAAAACAGAGGAACAGUCACUUGGAGGCAAGACACAAGAUGAGUUGAAGGACUCCGAAGAGCAGGCCUCCAGCUGGGCCAGUGAACUGCAUCUGAAGGGAGAUUUGCAGGUUUCUGAGGAUGUGAACAGACGGGUCACACCUCAGGAGAAACUCACAGCCGUGCAGAGCCACGAGAGUCUGGACUCUUUGCGGGGUUGGAUAGAGGGCAGCUCUAAUGACUCAAAUGCAUUAAAGGCUGUAGAACAAGUGGAAGGAAAACUUCUAGAGGUUGAGAAACUGUCUGAGGUCCUUCCAGAGGGUCAGACUACUCUCUCCCAAGAAGCUCAAACAUUGUUUGGAAAGACACCAGCCCUGAGGAAGAUCUUGGAAGAUGAGAGGACUCAGGAAGGGAACUCUGAUCCAGAUCAAAGUUCCAUUCAGUGCAUCGAGCCUCAGCAGCCUGGAGUGUCCACAGAGGAGCUCCAGUCAGUUCAGGAUGCCACUGACAGUGAAGUGGAUGACAUAGAUCAUAUGAAUGUAAAAUUCUUGCCCACAAAGGAAGUUAGUGAAACAGAAGAUCUAUCACCUUGCUCAGAACAACAAGCAACCAAAGAUCUUGGGAACCUUCCAUCAGGCCACGACACAAAUAAGCAGCAGUUCAUGUCUGGACCUAAAGGGAUUGAUGAAACUGGACCUGUAUUAAGAGAAGGUGACCGCAAAUCCACUCAUGGCUCAUCCUGUGAAUCAUUAAAGCCUGACUUUACCAUAGUGCUGGACUCUGAUCUUACCAAACCCAACCAGAACCCACUAACGCAAGCUGUCCCAGCUUCUUCAACUAAACGGGAUACUGUUUCAGUUGUUCAUGAUAGGACUGCAGAGACUUCAGAGGAUUGCUUGAAACUCUUGGAAGUCAAACAAAAUGUUGAUGUAGCUGUAGAUGAGGAACAUGAUGCAAUAAGCUCUUCUGAUGAACCUGUACAUUUAUGUGCAGAUCUUUCAAAAUCAGAAGAAAACCGCCACACCAAUAACAUUGAAACCACUCAUUCUGAUCUAGACCUUGGUUUCAGGCCUAAACCAGGGAAGGACUCAUCUACUCAAGCUUUUGUCCCAAUGCUUUCAUACCCAGAGAAGCAUCAAGGAAGCUCUGGAACUGCUAAGAAAGUAUUUACCAUCAUCCUGGAUGUUGAUAGUCCUACAUUAUCAUCAGACAGGUAUCAGUCACUGAAAGAGACACAGUGUACAGGUCCUGAAGGCUCAACCACAGAUGAAUUCUCUUAUUCAGAUGUAAAAAAUCAACAAAGGAGCUCCUCUGGUACUGAGAAACCUGAAGGCCAAAUGGCUGAGCUAGAUUUAUCAGAAGAGUCUAAUGUGAAAUCGAGUAGAUCAGAAAUGCAGCCAGGACAGAAGGCAGCUACGCUUAUCCAACUCCAAACCCCUGAGCUCACGGAGAUUGAUGUUCAAAAAGAUGAAAAAGAGAAGCAACAUGAAGUCACUGGUGCAGAAACAUCAAGCCAAAUGGAUGUCCACACUGGAGAACGCAAUGAGUCUGUAGUUCAGCAACAGGAUGUCCCAGUGUUGGAGAGUCAUGAUGAGGAUGACAAAAACACCAUUGAAGAGGCUUCAAAUGAAGCAAACACACUUCAAAAGCCUCCAAAAGUUGCUAAAGGUAGGAAGAAGAACAGAAAACCAGCUGGUGUAGAAAAAGCAAACCGUAUCAGUAACAAAAAGCUGAACACACGUAAAUCUGAACAUAAGAACACAACUGAUUCAGAAAGCCUUCAAACUUCUGAGGUCAGGCUGCCGAACAUCACAGAUACUUCACUGACUGUGUCUUCAGACCUCAGUCAGCCAAACACUGCAAAGCCGUUGAGCACACAAGACAAACUAACAGUGGACACUGUGCAGAAAGAGACCUUGAAUCAAACGGAGACAGAGGAUGGACAUUUUGAAAAUGUUAGCAUCUCACUUGAUGGAGGUGCCCAUAUUAGUACCACAGAUAGUGUGGUUUUAACAGCAGUGGAGUCUGUACAGUCAACACAUACAGAGGACUCGGAAUUAACACCAACAGAUUCUUCAUCUGUUGUGACAGCUGACUGUAUAACACAAAUUCCUAACUCAGUCCUAUCAGAGUCACAGCUCAGCCAUGCUGAAGCUCGGAGGACAGAGGAUUCAGAUGGCAGCUUCCCUUUGCAGUAUGAAGAAAUGCACAGAGUCGAUUCAGAUCCAUCUGCCGGGAACAAAAUGCCUCAAAACAGAGGAUCAGUGCCAGACGGUGAGGAUAAAACGAGGCAUGUGGAGCAGCCUACUGGGACAUAUGUGUGGGCCACUUUGCUGAACACCAUCACUAAUGUUCAGCCACUACUGAUGACAUGUUCUGAGGAAUCUAGACCACGGAAAGAUUCCUUGUUUCAGAACUCAUCACUCGUAGAGUCUGAGAGCAGUCUGGCAUGGACUGUCCUGUGGGUGUUCAGAUGUCAGUACCGACCGGCCCAACUCAGCAUUGCACAUAUGGCUCGUCAGCUGGAAGAGGCUGAGAUCUGCUGGCAGUAUGUCUUGGAGCAGGUGGCUAGACUGCCUCAAAGUGAAUCUAGUACAGGACACUCUACAAAGCCUGAGCAGACCAUAGAAGGCAGAUGGAAAACAGUACUGAUGGAUACCUCAACUAUGGUGGAGUACAAAAAGACACAGCUCCAGCAUGUCACACAGUACCACCAGCAAAACCGGGCUCUCGCAGAUACUCUACACAACCUGGAGGCUGAGUUCAGCACACUGACACAGGAUUGCAUUGACAGUAACACCUUGCAAGUGGAGAAGCUGAAUGCAUUCCUGAAGAAUAUGCAGAAGAAGAGAGGCAUACUAGAGGAUCUCCUACAGACAUGCUCUCAGAUUUCAGCCCAACUGGGUGAGACAGAGGGACCUGUGGCCUGCAUUGAACCUUUUAGGACUUUACAGGAGAGAUGGCAAACUAUGGAGCAGGUUGCUUCCAGCAGUCUGUGGUGUGCUAACUUCUGCACAGCAGAAGUAGAUGCUCUCCUGCAAGAAGCCAGAGAGCUGCACCAUGAACUGGAGCUUCUGGAGAAGUCAGUUUCUCUGCAUCCCUCUCAAGGACAGAUGGACUGCCAAAGUGCACUACAAGAGACUGUCAGAACUGCAGACCUGGCAGUGUUAGCUGAGCGCUACUUGUACCUUCUUGAGGUCUCUCAGGCUCUUUCCUCAAGUCCGCUGGGAAAAAAAGAGCUCGGAGAUGUGGAGGACACAAUGCAGGGCUUGAAUUCUCAGCUUGCUCUGACUCAGGAGACGCUCAGCUCUCAGACUUCAAAUGGCACUGGUUGCUCAGCAAUCAUGAGGAUUAUCAGGGACUACGUUACAUGGGCUAAACAAACAGAAAGCAAAGUCAGUAGGAGAAGGAGGUUGUCUCUGUUUCCUGAAGAAGCAAGUCACCAAGUCAGUCACAUGAAGAAACUGCAAUCAGAAACAUCUCUUAAGAGGUUUCAGUUGGCCUCUGUUUUGAAAGCGCUAAGAGAGGAAGUUACAGGACCCGAUGAGGAGGAUUCCCUGUCACCCACCCUCGAUUCCCUAGAGGAUUUGUACGUUAAGCUUACAGAGAAGACAGAAUGUGCUGUUGCAGAAAUGAACAGAAUGUUUCAUAUUAGAGAAAGACUGUGGAAACAGAUCACUGACAGCAGCUCUUGGUUGACCUCAGUAUUAGAAAAAGAGUCUGGUAAAACAGUGGCUUCUGAACCUAAAACUACUAUCCCAGAAUUGAGGGUUCAGCUUCAGGUAUGCACAGAGUCUUUGAAGGAUGCUGAGAGACAAGCAAAUAAUCUGGAGACUCUCUUAGAUGAAAUUAAAAAUGUGAAUCACGGUCUGAGUGUACCUGAAAGCUUUCAGCUAAUCAAUAGGCUAACAGCCUUACAAGAAGAGGUCUCUAGGGUUGUGAACCGUAAGUUGGCCUUGCGCUGGGUGCUUGAAGAACUCCUUCAUGCUCAGGAAUCUUCAGCUGAGGAACAGAACAUCAUUCUGAAGAGCUUGAGACAGAUGAGUGCUGAUGUCACGAGGCAGAAGUAUCCUGUAACAAGGGACUCGCUCUUGGAUCUUGAACCUGUUAAGCACAUGCUGAUGGAGCUCCUCUGCAAGGUGCCGGAAAUUCCCCACUGCCCAGAUCCUCGGAGGAAAGAGAUGCUCAACGCUGCACUAGACCUACAGAAGACAAUACAUCUGCUGGAGUUGCAAGCCAAAGAGCAUGAGGAGUACCUCAUUUUAAGGCAGCACAUGGAGAACUCCAGAGAGGCAGUGAAGAAGAGCUUGUUGCAGAUUGUAGACUCCAGUGUAGGAACUGAUGUAAGGUUUGGCUUUUGUCAGACUCUCCUGGUGGAGCUGCCUUUGGUGAGAAUGACAUGUCAAGAGGCCGCUGACCACCUUGAGGCCAUUUCGAAAGAUCUCUAUCCAUCCCAGCUGACAGCAGAAAGGCACAAAAUCCGUUUGGUCAUUGAGCAGCUCGCCUCUUGGGAGGUCACCGUAAAAAAUGAGGCUAAAACCAUUGAGUGCUCUCUGGCGGAGCGACUCGACAGUCCUACAGACGCCAGUCCACUCACUGAGCUCUUCAACAGUGUCCGGCAGCAGCUGAAGGAGACCAUCUGCUUGGAGCCAGAUAAUAAGAGCAUUGAUGCGCAGCUACGAAAGCACUGGAUGCUAAUCCAGACCGUUGAGUCUGUUCUACGAAUGUUGGAGCACUGCAGGAAAGAAGUAGAUGUUGAAAGCUACCAGAUGACCAUUGAUCUUGGCCAGAGAACUCUUAAUGAUUGUGGUAUGCAUAUGGACAAGCUGCUCCAAGCUCGGGAGGCACUGAAGCAUUACCACUGGGUUGUUCAGGGUGCAGAGAGCUUCUUUCAACAGAUUGGAUCCAAUCUUAUCAUCCCCUCUGAUGGCUUCAGAGGCUACAAAGAGGAGCAUCGCCAUGUUCAACAGAUUUUCAGCACUCUGGUUGAAGGUUUCCAGGCCCGCUUUUCUGAAGUUGGUGCUUCUGUUCCCCAGCAGACAUGCCUCUCCAUCCCUCUAACCGAGCAGCUUCAUAUCAAGGUUUUGAGUCACCUUCUAGUACAAGAUGCCAAAUUAGAAGCUCAGGCUCAGCUCAGACUUGAGGCAUUACAGAGAUCCAUGAAAGAUCAAAUUGUGCACAUGAGUCACCACGAAGAACUGAGUCAACUUCUCAAAAAUGUUGAUUCUCAAAUCUCAAAAUUUUUAAGUCAAAAACCAGCUGAUUCUGAAGCCUGCCAUGAUCAGCUGCUGAAAGUAAAGGUGCUCCAGACAGAGCUGAAGAACCUUGCUAAAAAGCUGGAGGAACUGAGGGAAAGCUGCCCAGGUCUUCGCUGCAAAGCACCUGUGGAUCUGAUGCUGGGACAACUGUUGAGGUCUUGGGCAGUGCUGCAGUGCAGAGUGGAAUCUCUCAAAGCCAGCAUGUCUCAUAAAGAAGCAGAAUGGAGAGACUUUGUGAUACGUCUCAAUAAAUCAAAGGAAGGUCUUGACAGACUGCAGAAUGAUCUUCCAGACUCAUCUACGGUGACGGGAUCCCUGGUGGAUCUUCAGGGUGUUCUGAGCCUCACUGAGCACCUUCAAGAUGGGAUUGAGCAGGAGCAUCACACUUUGGCAUCUCUACAACACCAUGUGGCACGAUUGCUUGGGGUCUCAAAUUUGCAGCAGCUUAAAGUGUGUCCUCAAAUCUGUCAGGACUUGCAGUCUCUACAGGGUCACUGCAGAAGUCUCAGAGAUCAGAGCAAUAACAUCCGUCGGGAGGUGCUUUUUGAGAUCCAGGAGUUGGGUCGUGUGCAGGAGGAGCUGAGUGCCAUUCAGCAGAAUGUUCUUUCUCUUUUGACGGCUUUACAGUCGGAGUCAGCUGCUCAACACUUACAGGAAGUCAAAGUGGAAUUGGUUUCACAGAAGGCUCGACUGCAGGAUGUCAUGGACAGAGUGGAGAAGAAAUGGAGCGGUGUACCUACAGAGAUUCAGAUCUUACAUGAUGAGCUCAACGUGUCCAUGCAGGAGGCUAAGGACAAAUUGGUCAUGGUCAUGGAGAGAAGUGGUCCUCUCUGCAAAAUGGGUGAGCUGGUUGGAGAGGUGACAGUGGGCUUGAAUUGUGUGCAGGCCCUGCUGAAGCAAACCAGUCCUAAUAUUUCUGAGGCUGAACGUACACAAAAGCGCAUAUGGGAUGAGCUGGACCAGUGGCACACUCGGAUAGCUGAGCUGGAGGCUGAGGUGCAGGAUCUGGGUGAGCAGAAGCCUGAGAGAGCACACAUUCUCAUGGACCAGCUCACGGAGCCUCUGCAGCUCUACCAGACUACAGCCAAACAGGCCGAGCAAAGGACCGCCCUCAUCAGCAAAAUCCCUGCUUGUCUGCAGGACUAUGAGGGUUUACUCAAUAGCUCCAACUGCUGGUUGAGAGAGGCUCAGUCCUGGCUGGUCGCUCCCAGAACCUACACCACUGCGAAAUGCAUCCACUGUCAUGCCAACUCCCUCAAGAUGAUGCUGGAUGAAUCGGAGGGAUACAGGGCAGCUCUGGAGGCCUUCCUGCCUGCUCUGCAGGAGAUCACUCCAGUAUGUGACGCCACCCCUCAACAACAUCUUCUCCAACUGUGUGUACAAAACAUCACACUCAUGCAGCAAAGUGUUCUGGAUCCUCUCUCCCACCUUCAGCACCUAGCAGCUGAGAUGGAUGCCAUUGAAGCAGAGGUAAAGACAAUGGAGAAAAAUAUGACUAAGAUCAGAACAAUCCUUUCAGCCACUGACACAGAGAACAUUUCUCCUGAGGAACACCUCGAGAACAUACAGGUUAUUCUGGAUAAUGUCCAGUCCAUGAAGAGGACCAUUGAUGAGAUUGAGAGCUGCAGGCCAGGCCUGGGGCUUCCUGCUGAGGCAGAGCAAACUCUCACAGCCUUCCAUCGGGCUCAAGAGCUCCUGCAGCCCAUCCAGGAGCUACAGCAGCUCAGUGUGGAGCGGAGCACAACAUUGAGGGCCUCUAUUGGACAACCAGCUGAAAUUUUCUCUUCAGAUCAAACCACAGAAUUCACAAUGGCACAUCUUUACACUGGAGAUGUGAGGGUCUCCAUGGAAGGCCCUUACACUGAGGAGGAAGAUGAAGACAAUCAGUCUUCAUCCUCAGGAACUCUCACAUGCAGUAUUCCAGAGGAGCCAGAUGAGAUCACAGAGGAGGAAGAUACUAAGUCAGACACUGCCUCUGCUGUAACGGAGUGUGUCACUAAGGAAUCAUCUCCUAAAGAAGUUGAUUUUCCUGCAAUCAAGCAUGUAAUUCAGGACGCUGACACAGGAAGUUGUUUACUGGAGCCUUCUGACUUCUCUGAAAUGCCUGGCAUAGUCAGCAGACCAGUUACUGAAGAGACGAGUUCCCUACCUGCACUAACAUCCCAACAUUUGAAAGAAUUUAAAAUGUUAAAAGCAAGUGAUUCCAAUGAAUUGACUGAAAAGGCUGAAUCUGUAGAUCAGAAUGAAGUAUCAGUAAACACAGAAACGGGUCUAAGUGAUCAAGUGAAAACAACAAGCCCAAAGCCACGCGACACACAGGCAAUAAAUGUUACUGAUGGUGAUCAGACCCAGACAGAGACUAAACCCAUCGACGCCACAGCUCCUCUUAUGCUCUCCUCUCAGCGUACAGAAUGUGUGCCACAGGAAGAUACAGCGCUGGAAAUACAGAGAGAGCAGCACCAGAGCAGCAGCCAGUCUCAGGACCACACAAUUCAGCUCUCAGCAACUAUCAGUGAUCUGUCUCAGUCUGAAGGAGCUGAAGAUCAACAGAGUAUUGUCCAGCUUCUCACCUCAUGCCAGGAUAUCAGUUCUUUAGAGGAAUCAUCUCCUGAAGAAGUUGAUUUUCCUGCAAUCGAGCAUGUAAUUCAGGACACUGACACAGGAAGUUGUUUACUGGAGCCUUCUGACUUCUCUGAAAUGCCUGGCAUAGUCAGCAGACCAGUUACUGAAGAGACGAGUUCCCUACCUGCACUAACAUCCCAACAUUUGAAAGAAUUUAAAAUGUUAAAAGCAAGUGAUUCCAAUGAAUUGACUGAAAAGGCUGAAUCUGUAGAUCAGAAUGAAGUAUCAGUAAACACAGAAACGGGUCUAAGUGAUCAAGUGAAAACAACAAGCCCAAAGCCACGCGACACACAGGCAAUAAAUGUUACUGAUGGUGAUCAGACCCAGACAGAGACUAAACCCAUCGACGCCACAGCUCCUCUUAUGCUCUCCUCUCAGCGUACAGAAUGUGUGCCACAGGAAGAUACAGCGCUGGAAAUACAGAGAGAGCAGCACCAGAGCAGCAGCCAGUCUCAGGACCACACAAUUCAGCUCUCAGCAACUAUCAGUGAUCUGUCUCAGUCUGAAGGAGCUGAAGAUCAACAGAGUAUUGUCCAGCUUCUCACCUCAUGCCAGGAUAUCAGUUCUUUAGAGACAAGACCGCAUCUGUUAGAGAUUCCAGUGUCUGCAUUGAAUGCCAGUGAAUCACAGAUGGAAGACUCAACUAAACUCCUCAAAGAUCUUUCAAGCAUCAAGAGUCUACAAGGUAGCACAUGGACUUUGGCACUUGAGCGGCGGAGAUCAGCCGGACAGAAUAAUGUUGAGCUCCAGAGCUGUUUUGAAGCUCUUCUGAAGGGUCUGCGGGGUCUCCUGGAGCUGGGCUCUGAGCGGCUGCUGCAGAGUCAGAAUGCACAGCCACAAAACUGCGGUCAGCUGUACAGUCUGCUCACAGAACACAAGAAAUACUUCCAAGAUUUGGGUCAGGACCUUGUAAUGGUCAAGUUGCUAUACCAAAAGCUGCCAGAGGGGGCACUGCAGGGCCAAGCAGAGGUGGAGCAGUUAAUAUCAGCUCUACAGGAUCAAGCACAAACUCAUGGUGUCCAAAUGCAGCACAGCUUAGAGGAGUGGUCUCGAUACGAGGAGGUCACUGAGAGACUGCGUAAGCAGUUGGAUGAGAUGGAGACAAACAUGUCCAGUCUGAAUUCAGAGCCAGAGGGAGACCUGCAGGGUCAGCUGCAGUCCUAUGAGAGCUUGUACAAGGUCCUGGAAGACACAAGGCCUCAGGUGUGGGAGAUCCAAGACCGACUCGGGAUCCUACAGAAAAAGGGUUGUUUCCGUGAGCGGCCAGGCCAGACUGUCCCAAAAUCACAAGUGUUGUUACGCUGGAUGGAGCUUCAUAGUCAACUACAGCAGAAGAUACGGUCUACCCAGAAGAUCAGAAAGAAUUAUGACAGGUUCCAGCAUGACUCAACAGAACUAGAAGAAUGGAUGCGUCAUGCUCAAGAACAGGUUCAGAAGUGGAACAGUUUCUCUGAUUCUGGUCUCUUGGACUCCAGAACAGACUUUACCCAGCUCAUGGAGUUCUUCAAGGAGCUGGAGGGCCGUUCAGCACAGAAAGCUUGUGCAGAAAGCGCAGGCGCACAGAUACUGCAGCUGACUGACAGUGAAGCUCCAGGUCUGCGCAGACGACUGGCUCAACUUGAGCAGGAAUGGACGAACUUGAGUAACGUCCUGCCCAUUCUCCACCAGACACAGCAACAACUGUUGACAAACCAGUCUCACAGUCAGAUCUUGGCCAGUGUGACCUCCUGGCUCGAACAUGUAGAGGGACGACUGGAAGAUGAAAGCUCUGGGGUCCAUUGUGCCCCCGGUUCCUCUGAGCUGUCUAGACAUCUACUGGCUUUGAAGGAUCUCAAGGCUGAAAUAACCAGUCAUCAGCCGUACGUUGAGUUUCUGAACCAUCAGUCUGUGGAGGGGGCGGGAUCAGUGAAUGAGCACACCAAUCGCAAUGAGUGCAUCCUGUUUGCUGAGCAACUGGGAGCUCUCAAUCUGAGUUGGCUUAUUCUACAGGCCAAAAUUGACAGCAAGAUACAUGAUGUUGAGGACCAAUGGCAGGCCUGCACGGACAGAGAAAAGCGUUUGCACUGUAUGCACAGCUGGAUCUCUCAACGUAUUGAAUGGGUGAAAAACAGCUGGCGAUCAGAGAGCUGCUCACAGAUUGAGCAAACAUUACAGGAGUGUGAGGUGACAGAGGACAGGCUGCAGGUGAAGUCCUCUGAGCUGAAGGCUUUGGGAGCUCUUCACCUGUUCGGACAGCAGGAUGGUGAACAUCCCGGAGAUCAAGCAUUCUCCAAGCAGGUGAAUUCAGCCAUCCAAGACUACCAAGCUUUGAGUCAACAGAUAACUGCUCUCAAGUCAGAUUUACAGCCAAUCAAAGAUGAAUGGGCUCAGUUUGAAUCUAAAAUGAGUGCAGCAGAACUGCAAACAACCGGGGUGGUCUACAAGCUGGAGCUCUGCAGAGUUCCUGUGUACUCAUCUGAGCAGAGCCGAACUCAUGUGGAGCACCUGCAAGAGCUUGAAAGGGAGCUGAACCAAUCAGAGACCUGGACCCAGUUAACUGAGCUGUUCUCUAAAUUGAAAGACAAACUCAACCCUUAUGCGUCUAAGCGUUUGUCUGAUCGUCUCGAGAAGGAGAGAACUCAACAUCAGGCAGUGACUGAAGAUGUGCAUGCAGAUUUACUAAAAGCCCAGAAUGCAUUGCGGCUUUGGCUUGAAUACGAGCGCCUCACAGGAGAGUGCUGUGUUCAUCUAAAUCAGCACUGGGAGAGGCUUAGAGAGCUUAUGAGUUUUUCAAACAGAGAAGAAAACACUGUAGAGCUGCUCAACAGCAGGAUGCAGGGUAUCAGUGCUCUGGAGAAAGACAUGCCUGCCUUGCAAAGCAGUGUGGGAAAAGUCCUGGAGGCCUCAAAGCUUCUCACUGGACAUGUGAAACUCCAGUCAGCCCCUCUAAUCAAAUCAGAAACCAGGUUGCUGUCACGUGACCAUGUGCAUCUUGGCAAGGCACUUUCUGACAUUGGGGCACAAGUUCAGGAGGAGCUGGAGGAGCACCGCCGUUUCAGCACUGAGUUGAAGUCAAUGGAGCAAAAACUUAAAAACUUUGAGAGCAUUAUGAGCGCCUCCACUGCAAGCAUGGAUAGACUAAAGAUGGUUCUGUUAGAUCUGAGUGGGCUGAACCCUAACCUCGCUGCUCUGAAUCAGACGAGUUUCAGACUCUCUUUAAGCUCUGCAGAGGAGGAGAGGUUACAGACCCUCAACACACAAUGGGUUCAGGUCUUCUCUCAGGCCACAGACCAACACAGGAAGAUGUAUGGAGAGCUGCUGCAUGCUCAGAACUUCCAGCAGAAGUGCCAGUGCUGGAUGGAGCUCCUUGACAUAAUCGAGGCUGGGCUAUCCAAUCAGACGCCUGGAAACUGUGCUGCUGUAGGAGAGCAGCUAGCUGCACAUCAGAGGCUGAAAGUGGAGGUCCUCAUCAGCCAGCAGCUACAGGAUGCCAUGGUCAAUGAAGCUUCAGGCUUCCUGGAGAGCAGUCAGAAUAAGGACAGGAGUCAUCUGAUCCUGAGACUCACCCAGCUAAAGGCUCGAUGGCAGGGGACACAGCAGAGGGUCCAGCAGAAUGGCAAAUGUCUGGAAGGGCUGAUGGGACAGUGGCAACUCUAUGAGUCCGGCUCGAGGAAACUUUCAAAGCUACUCAGACACAUCGAAGAACUUCUGCCACCAGCAGGACUGCCGCCAUGCAGCUUACAGCAACUCAAGUGCUCUAUAAAAGACUUUGAGUGGACAGAGAAGCAACUAGAGCUUCAUGAAGAACUCUACAGGCAGACUGUGGAGGCAGGCAGACAGAUCCUUCUGCUAUCGGAUGCGCAGACACAGACACGCCUGCAGACUGAACUGGAUGCUCUCAAGGAGAUGUGGGAGCGAAGCUGUGGCCUUGUGGGGAAAAGAAAGGCUCUUGCAGACACCAUAACUCAUAACUGGAGGCUCUGUGAAACUGGCCUGGCUGAGAGUGCUCUCAAACUGGAAAUGAUAAAAGCAAGACUGAAGAGUCCACUGCCAGAGAAGCUAGAAGAUCUAAAAAUACACAUGCAGCUCAUCAAGGAGGACGAGGACUCGCUGCAGAUUUGGGCUGGAGGACUGAAAGUGCUGACCACCAUGAAGGCAGACGUGUCUCAGUACGUGCUGCCCACAGACACUGUGCUGCUCCAGGGACAGGUGGAAGAACUUCACAGCCAAUGGGAAGAACUGUGCUUGAAGGUGUCACUUCGCAAGCAGGAAAUAGCUGAUCGCCUGAACGCCUGGAUCAUCUUUAAUGAUAAAAACAAGGAGCUCUGUGAUUGGCUGACGCAGAUGGAGAAAAAAGUGGCACACAGGAGCGAAAGCCUUAGUAUUGAGGAAAUGGUGGAGAAACUUAAAAAGGACUGCAUGGAGGAGAUUAACCUCUUCAGCGAGAACAAGAGCCACCUCAAGCAGCUGGGCGAGCAGCUCCUAUUGGCCAGCGACAAGGCUAAGGAGGCAGAGAUCCACAAGGCCUUGCAAGAUGUCAACGACCGCUGGCAGCACCUGUUCGACCACAUUGAGGCCAGGGUGAAAAAGCUGACAGAAACGCUGGUGACAGUGCAGCAGUUGGAUAAGAACAUGAAUAACCUUCGCUCUUGGCUCACUCGCAUUGAAGCUGAGCUGGCCAAACCCAUUCACUACAAUAUCUGCCAUAGAGAUGAGAUCCAAAAGAGACUGGCUGAGCAACAGGACCUGCAGCGUGACAUCGAGCAGCACACCGAGAGAGUGGCGUCUGUGCUCACCUUGUGUGACGUGCUUCUGCGCGAUGAGGAUGCCUGCAGCAGCGAUGGAGAGAAUGACUCCAUCCAGCAGACCACGCAGCGCUUGGACCAGCGCUGGAGAAAUAUCUGCUCCAUGUCUCUGGAGAGGAGGCUGAGGAUUGAGGAGACAUUGAGACAGUGGUGUAAGUUUCAGGAGGAUUACUCUUCCUUUGAGGACUGGCUGAAUGUAGCGGAGCACUCCGCUGCUGAACCCAAUACAUCAGACGUCCCGUACACUGACGCCAAAGAGGAACUCCAGAAAUAUGAGGUUUUCCAAAGGCAUGUACAUGAGAGCCUGACCCAGCUGGAGAUUAUUAAUAACCAGUACAGACGACUGGCUCGGGAGAACCGUGCAGAUGCAGCCAACAGACUCAGGGCCAUGGUGCAUCAUGGGAACCAGCGAUGGGACACGCUCCAGAGGAGAGUGGCUGCAAUACUGCGCAGACUCAGACAUUUCACAAGCCAGAGAGAAGAGUUUGAGGGAACCCGCGAGAGUCUCCUUGUCUGGCUGACCGAGUUAGACCUCCAGCUGACCAAUGUGGAGAACUUCUCAGAGAGCCAUCUCCAAGACAAGAUGAAACGGCUGAAGAGUUUCAAGAAGGAGAUCACUCUGAACACCAAUAAGAUUGAUGCUCUGAUCGUGUUUGGGGAGGGUCUGAUUCAGAGGAGCUGUCUUCAAGACGCUGUUGAGAUAGAAGAUGAGUUAGAAGAACUGCACACGUACUGUCAAGAGGUGUUUGGCAGAGUGGCCCGAUUCCACCAGCUCCUCAUCAGUCUCCGCCCGCAGAUGCAGGAGCAACUGGACAUCUUUGAUGGUGAACAGUCCAGAGGGACACAGGGCACCCUCUCCUCCAGCCAGCCCUCCAUGUGCCUGUUAUCGCCACCUCAGGAGCGCUCGGGCCGUGAAACCCCCGUGAGUGUGGAUUCCAUCCCUCUGGAGUGGGACCACACUGGGGACGUUGGCGGCUCUUCUUCACUUGAUGAGGAAGAGGAUGCUGCCUUCUUCUCUGCCCUGUCAGGACAGAAUUGGCACUUUCAAAACACACCUGAAAGGAAAUCCUUCCAGCUGGACUCCUCCUCACCUACACACACCAGCACUCCUUUUAAACAAGGCUAUGUCCAGCUGAUGUCUGAGUGCAGCGGCAGCAUUAAGAGUGUGAAGCGGGUCUCUAUGAUUCUGGAUGAUGAGGAACAGCAGGAGGAACAAGGCCUCACUGGCCUCAACACUGCAGACAAACAGUCAGGAGUGAUUGAGCGCUGGGAGCUGCUGCAGGCUCAAGCAGUGAGUAAAGAGCAGUGCAGCUCCAGAGACCCCCAGCAGCUGACCUCUGACCUGCACGACAUCACUUCCUGGCUGGAUCGUGUCACCCCUGAGCUGGACAGACUGCAGAAGCCUGAGACUGCCAUCAGUGUCGAGAUCUUAGAAGAGAGGGUCAAACAACUUAAAGAAAUGCAGAAGACAUUUGCUCGCUAUAAGACCAUGAUGCUGUCUCUGAACCUGGGUGGGCAAGAGCUGCAGGAGGGAGCUACAGGAGAAGCACCUGAGCUUCAAGAGGGUCUGCGCAGCAUGAAUUGCCGCUGGACAGAAGCUUGUGCGGGACUACAGAGGUGGGAGGACAGUCUGCGCACUACCCUUGGACGCUGUCAGGAGUUCCACGAGAUGGUCCACUCUCAACUGCUAUGGCUGGCCCAUGCAGAGAGCAGACGCUACACAGUGAACAUGAAUGACCCUUCUGUGCAGCCCUCCAUGCUUCAGGAACACAGGAACACCCUGAAGGAUCUGGCAGAGGAGCUGCAGGGCAGACAGAAGCGAGUGAGCUCCCUGCAGGAGAUCGUCUCCGAGCUGCUCCCUGAGGCUGAUGGGGAGGACAGCGCUGAAGCCCGGGAAAAACUCCACGUCAUUGGAAGCAAACUAAGACUACUGUCCCAUCAAGUCAACCAGGAUCUCGAGACGAUUGAAGAGAGAUUGGAGUCCACUACUGAGGCUUCAGGAGACAGGAAAUCCGCACAGUGUUCUCGGUCAAAGCGUGACCCAUCACCUCAGCGUUCGUUCUUCUAUCGGGUCUUGCGAGCGGCUUUCCCUCUGCAUCUCCUGUUCCUGCUGCUGUUGGUUCUGGCCUGCUUGGUCCCUCUUUCUGAAGACGACUACAGCUGCACCUUUUCCAACAAUUUUGCCCGCUCAUUCCACCCCAUGUUACGCUACACCAACGGUCCCCCUCCCACAUGAGUCUCUCAUCAGCUGUUCUCACAUUCAGUCAACAGAGCCGUUUUCAUGACUCAAACUUGCGAAGCACCUCACUUUUGUCCAAGCUAUAUUUUAACGGUUGUAUUUAUAUCAUUGAUUUUAUACUAUUUAUUCCCCUUUGAGAGCCAUACUAAGAAUUUUGUUGAUUUUUUUUUUUUUUUUUUUUUUUUGGUCACAAUGCUGUAAAGAAAAAUA